AUGGCCUCGAAGCUUUGGCUUGGUUUAUUAUUGGUAUCUCUUUCAUUCGCUGCAAUCACUGAAGAAGAGGACGUCUGGGUUCUUGAUGAAUCCAACUUCCAAGAAGCUUUAGAUGCUCAGCCUGACAUUCUUGUUGAGUUCUAUGCUCCAUGGUGUGGCCAUUGCAAGAAACUAGCCCCAGAAUAUGCUAAGGCAGCAAAGACUCUAAAAGGCAAGAACCCACCUAUUAGAAUUGCAAAGGUCGAUGCCACUGCAAGCUCAAACCUUGCAUCUCAAUAUGGAGUGAGUGGAUACCCAACACUCAAAUAUUUCAUCAACAAGAAGCCAACUGAGUACUCAGGUGGAAGAACUGAAGAUACCAUCGUCUCAUGGAUCAUGAAAAGAGCAGGACCAGCCCUCACCAUUGUUGACACCGUAGCUGAUCUUAAAAAACAACUUGGAAGCGCUAAAGUUGCUGGAGUUUUGUUUGCACAAAAAGAUGCAGCUGAAGUCAGCAUUUUUGAGGCAGUCGCCAAAAGCUUUGAUGGACCAUCUUUCUUUGUGUCAACAGAUGCAGCAGCUCUUCAAGAAUACGGAGUUACUGAGCCUAAAGUAAUCUUAUUCAAACAAUUCGACGAUAAAGAAGUCAAAUAUGACGGUGCUCUUACCCAGACAGAUAUUACCAAAUGGGUUGAAGAGAACAAGAAACCAUGGGUUAUGCCAUUCGAUGACGCCGCAAUUGAAUACAUUUUCCAAAAACAAAACCCUUGUGUCUUUUUAUUCAGAUCUGAAAGUGAUGCUCCUAAAUACGCCGACGCUAUGUCAAAACUCGGAAAAGAGCUCAAACAAGACAUCGCAUUCUCCUUCGCAGACCUUAAUCAAAGCGAAAACAAAAGACUUGGAGACUACCUCGGAAUUUACGUCAAAGACAUGCCAAUUGUAGUCCUUAUUGACCACAAAGGUGGACUCAUUACAUUACAUUAGAAUUUAUACGUUUAACGUCCCUUACGGGGUAGACUCUUCCCCAGAUCUGCCGCUUACCUUUCGCCGCAUCGGGCCUACAGAUUGCUGAGCCAACCUGCUUCGAUCACCAAGGUGCGCCUAGGGCAAACGUCGCCGGCUUCGACGGCUCAUGAGUGAGCUACUUGCUUGUGGACAUGGGUUGCUUUUCCAAAAGCCAAAAAAAUGGAUUUUCUGGUCGGCUCUCGGCAAAAGGAAAAGCACGUAGCCUGGGACGUAACGCCCAGUUUCACGCUAGGAGUUGCCCAAUUGGUUCAAAGGACUCUUCUGAGCUUCCCCUUUUCAACUUGCGUGCCCUCCUUCCCCAUGAGGAAAAAAACAUUCCUGAAAUUAGACUUGGGCUAGGCUCUGCACACAACCAGAAUUGCUUACCUAGCAUUGCUGUCCAUCUCUGAAAUAGCAAAACCUUGCCGGAUAUAAUUAAAAAAUAUGAGUCGAGGCUGCAUGGCCGGGAGGGCCAUGCCCAGACGAAGACGCCAUAUUUUAAUUAUCACAAAGGUGGACUCAACAAGUACAAAUUAGCUGAAGCUCCUUCUGAAGAGUCAAUCAGAACUCUCGUUCAGGACUGGAAAGCCAGAAAACUCACUCCAUUCUUGAAAUCAGAGCCAAUUCCUAGUGACGAUUUCGACGGAAGUGUCAGAGUUUUAGUCGGAAAGAACUUUGAAAGUGUCGUUUACGACUCAACUAAAGAUGUCCUCGUUGAAUUCUAUGCUCCUUGGUGUGGACAUUGCAAAUCCCUUGCUCCUGAAUACGAAAAACUUGCUGCUGCAGUCAAAGACAAUUCAAACUUGAUCAUUGCUAAAGUUGACGCUACUGCAAAUGAAGUGAAAGGAAUCAACAUUCAAGGAUUCCCAACCCUUAAAUGGUUCCCAUCCAACAAUAAGAGACCAGUUGAUUAUGAAGGAGAAAGAAACUUCGAUGGACUUCUUAAGUUUGUUACAGAUAAAGCUACAGUUAAGGCUCCAGAAAAAGCACAAGAAAGAGCUGAUCUUUAA